AUGUUAAAAUUAAAAGUUUCGUUCAACCAUCUCUUCUGUCCACUGUUCUUCAGCCACAGGCCCAGGAAAAAACACAUUUACUUCACGUCCCUGAUAAAGACUUUACGCCACUUCAACCCGGUCUCAGACAAGCACUUCAAAGAUAAAAUCCAAAAUUACUGGGCGAACCCCAGCAUCCCGGAAAUAUUGUCUUUUGCCGAUAGAUUAUAUGAAGAAGAACAGUAUUUGGAAGCUUACGAGCUGCUCAACAGAAUACGACUCUUGAAGGAACCGGAGGUGUUAUGGAGACUGGCAAGGGUGUUGUACAUCAUGAGUCUGGAUAAAGAUGUGACGGCUGACGUCAAAUGGGAGAUGACUAAGGAAGCCAAAAAACUAUUGACGAUAGCUGUUGAUAUAGGCCAGUAUCUAAAUAUUGGUGGCGGUUUAUAG